UGAAUAGUCCAUCACGUUGCUUGAGGGAGUGCUUGAGCUUGUGGUUGACUUCAGCUAAUAAUCGUACUUGGGAAUCAUUAGCUAGUGCACUUGAGAGAAUGAAUCAGAAACCAGCUGCUACACUCAUCCGUAAUACAUAUGGCGAUCCUGCUAGUCAGAUAUUCCAGCAUUACAGUGAUAGAAUAUCACAAGUAUCUCUCACUGAUAGUUGUAUCCAGUUGUUAUAUACAGAAGGAUUAAUCACUGAGGAUACACAAAGGAAGAUUGAGAGAUGUGGUGGCUCAUUAAGUGAUACAUUAAGAGAAUUAAUGAUUGCAGUAUCUGAUGAUCACAGUAAGCUGAGGUCACUAGGAAAUAUAUUAAUGGAAUUAGAAGAAACUAAACCUUUAGCUCAAGAUAUUAUUAAAGAUUGUGGUAAGACCUCAUUCAUAAUUUAA